CUUUUUCAAAUCUCCAGCCUUUUACACCAUGUUGGAUAUGAACAUUUCACAAAGUCCCGACAUGUAUACGAUCGGGUGGAUCGCUGCUCUUCCCAUCGAGCGUGCUGCUGCGAUAGCGAUGCUUGAUGAGCGCCAUGACAAGCCCCGCGGCUUCGUCCAGCACCAGGCUGAUUCAAACUCAUAUACUUGGGGUCGAAUGAGCGAGCAUAAUGUGGUUAUUGCCUCACUUCCCGCAGGCUCAUAUGGAACAACUCCCGCUGCGACCACUGCAUCAAAUCUACUUGCCUCUCUUCCAGAUAUCAGGAUUAGCCUGUUGGUAGGAAUUGGUGGCGGCAUCGCGCGGCCAGACCAAGGUCGUGAUAUCCGACUUGGGGACGUUGUCAUCAGCGAGCCGCAAGGAACGACGGGGGGAGUGGUCCAGUAUGAUCUAGGGAAGACCAAGUCUAAUCAAGAAUGGGUGCGGAAAGGCUUUCUUAGCAUGCCCCCAGGGGUCCUCCUCCACGCACUGGCCAGCUUACAAGCGGACCACGAAUUAGGGGAGUCGAGAAUGUCUAAGUUAUUGAAGAGCUUACCGAAACUCAAGAAGGGCGAUAAUGGAUACUCCCAUCAAGGCUUCGAGAAUGACCGACUUUUCAAACCAUCUUAUCAACACCAAGGCGGCCACGACUGCCAAAACUGCGAUGCAGUGGAGAUGAUAGGGCGCGGUCAGCGAGACAGUACUGAUCCCGAAAUACAUUACGGUACUAUCUUAUCUGGGAAUAUGCUGGUGAAGGACGCCGCCACGCGGGACCAAAUUGUGGACAGUAUGGAUGAGAAAUGUAUCUGCUUCGAAAUGGAAGCCGCUGGCCUGAUGAAUCACUUCCCUUGCAUUGUGAUCAGAGGAAUUUGUGAUUAUGCAGAUUCACACAAAAAUGAUCGUUGGCAACGCUAUGCUUCUGCUACUGCUGCGGCCUACGCGAAAGAGCUUCUUCGCUACGUUCCAACGAGAGCUCUUCGGGAAACACAAGCGGCUCUAGAUGUGCUGAGGUCCGAUAUUAGUGCGAUUAAUGCUGUAGCAAGAGUCACAAAAGCACAAAUUGAGGCCGUACGAUUCGACAGCCAUCUUCAUAAGAUUCAUGGUUGGCUCUCACCUCCCGACACGUCCACAAACUUGAACGAGGCACUGAAGAAGCGACAGGACGGAACUGGCUCUUGGUUCCUUGAGAGUGAAGCCUUUCAAACCUGGAAGGCUGGGACACGAGGAGUUCUCUGGUUGCAUGGCCUUCCAGGAUGUGGCAAAACUCUACUCAGUGCGAGACUUAUUGAGUACCUUAACCAGCAUAUCAGUCCCCGCUGUGUCGUCCUUGAUUUUUUCUUUGACUUUACCGACCCUAAAAAGCAGACGUUUGACAGCCUUGUCCGCGCACUGGUUGCACAGCUUUACACACGGUGUGAGGAUUCCCGAAAGGAGCUGGACAGGCUUUUUGCCUCCUGUGAAGAUGGUUGCCGGCAACCAGCAUGCGAAAUCCUUUCUACCACGUUUAUGCAAAUGCUGGGCUACAUCGGAAGCAUUCAGAUUAUCAUAGACGCCCUUGAUGAGUGUAAAACACGAACGGAACUACUUCCUUGGAUGGAAAAUCUCACUCGAGCCGGCCACACAGGGCUCCAACUUCUCGCCACUAGUAGGAAGGAAGCCGAUAUUGAAUCGCACCUUCGUGGUUGGCUAGACCCCAGGGACGUGGUACCGGUUCAGACGAAUUCGGUUAACCACGAUAUUCGGGCAUAUAUCCAUCACCACCUCCAAUAUCAUCCUCAUUUUGAGAGAUGGCAUAGAAACCAAGGCGUGCGGGACGAAAUUGAGACACAGCUUAUGGAAAAAGCGGAUGGGAUAUGGGCCGCAUGUCAACUUGAAAUUCUUCAAGGGAGCCUAGAUCUUCGAAUGCUUCGGGAAACGCUGAAAUCUCUACCCAGGACAUUGGAAGGGACGUACGCUCGGAUCUUGGCAAGCAUUGAUGAAAACUAUCGAGCCUACGCAUUAAGGAUUCUACAGUUUCUUACUUAUUCCGAACGCCCCUUGACAAUCCAAGAAGCGGUGGACAUCGUCGUUAUCGAUCCAAAUGGCCAUCCUCUGUUUGAUCCCAUGCUGAGAAUGCCUAAUCCUCAAGAUAUCGUACGGGUGUGUUCUACUUUAGUCACUCUGGUGGUGAAAGAAAGUGGCCGUGGUAGGAUGGAGUCAUCAACUGAAAUCCGGCUAUCCCAUUUCUCUGUUCUACAAUACCUUCGAUCCAACCGCAUUGAGCGCGCUUUCUCCCCGAAAGGUAGCGAGUGCAGUAUGAUAUUUCAGAAUGGUUUGAACGAGAGCAACGCAAGAAGAGAGAUCACAAGGGUAUGUCUUGCAUAUUUGUCCCACCUUCAUAUGCAAGCAUCAAAGAAGAAUAUAAGGUGGCAUUCAAAGAUGAAUUUCCCGUUCUCAAACUAUGCAGCUCAAUACUGGAUGGAUCAUGCUCGAAUUGCGGAGGCCAACGAAGAUAUCCUACAAAUAGUGGUUGCAUUUUUCAUGGGACGACAUAAGGGAUACAGUACCUGGGUUGAGCUCUUCGACCCACAUUGGGAUUUUGGCGACUUGGCAAAAAGGCGAAGAGGAUCAACCCCACUUUACUACGCAAGCUUGGGAGGAUUGCAGUAUACGGUGCGGCAGUUAUUGCAGAAGGGCGCCAAUAUAAACGCAGAGGGUGGCCGGUAUGGCUAUGUACUCCAAGCUGCUUCAUCUCGAGGCCACGUGGAGGUUGUGGAGCUGCUGUUAGAGAAAGACGCUGAUGUCAACGCACAGGGUGGGGCUUAUGGCAAUGCACUCCAAGCCGCUUCACAUAAAGGCUAUACAGAGGUUGUGCAGUUGCUAUUAGCGAAAGGUGCCAAAGUCAACGCAGACAGUGGGAGAUUUGGCAAUGCACUCUACACCGCUUCAUAUCGAGGCCACAUAGAGAUUGUCCAGCUUCUACUAGAGAAAGGCGCCGAUGUUAACGCUCAGGGUGGGGAGCAUGGUAAUGCACUCCAGGCGGCUGUGUCUUUCGGCCACUUAGAAGUUAUGCAGCUUCUGCUAGAGAAAGGCGCCGAUGUCAACGCUCGGGGUGGGGAGUAUGGCAAUGCACUCCAAGCCGCUUCACAUAAAGGCUAUAUAGAGAUUGUGCAGCUGCUAUUAGCGAAAGGUGCCAAAGUCAACGCAGACGGUGGGAGAUAUAGCAAUGCACUUAACGCCGCUUCAUAUCGAGGCCACGUGGAGAUUAUGCAGCAGCUACUAAAGAAGGGUGCUAACGUCAACGCACAGAGUAGGCGGUAUAGCAGUGCACUUCAGACUGCUUCACAUAAAGGCCACAUAACGAUUGUGCAGCUACUACUGAAGAAAGGUGCUAAUGUCAACGCACACGGUGGGAAGUAUGGUAGUUCACUCCAGGCCGCUUCCUCUAGAGGUCAUAUAGAGAUUGUGCAGCUACUGCUAGAGAAAUAUACAGAUGUUAACGCACACGGUGGGAAGUAUGGCAGUUCACUCCAGGCCGCUUCCUCUAGAGGCCACAUAAAGAUUGUGUAG